AUGUGCGGACGCUUUAUCCACACCAAUCACAAAGACACAUCUCCACAAACAGCAGAGCAGGCCCUGGGGUGGCGGGUGUUUAAGGGGACGAGGCACAGGGAGUGGUCCUGCAAAGACGGACAUUUACAGCAUGGGGGGAGGAUGUUAUGCAACGUGGACAGCAAAGUAUCCCGCGUGGCAUGGCUGAACCGCACCACCAUUCUGUUUGCGGGAAACGAGAAAUGGUCCCUGGAUCCUCGAGUGGUCCUGGUGGAGAACACAGCCGUGACGGAGUACAGCAUCAGAAUCCUCAACGUGGAUGUUCAUGAUGAGGGUCCCUACGUCUGCUCCAUCCUCACCAACAAGAAGCCAAAGUCCACCAAGGUCCACCUCAUCGUGCAAGGUAGGGCUGGCAGACAUUUUGGAUUUUUUGCGCGAAGAAUUUGA